AUGUUGAAACGAACACCAACUGGAACAUGGCUCCCGGCGUGGGUACCGGAGUCAACUUUGACACUCUCAUUCUUGUUGUUGUUCUGUUCAACUGUUCAGUCAUCUACUGGCGGGUAUGACGGCUCUAUGCUUAAUGGGCUGAAUAUUCUGCCCAGUUAUACGGACUAUUUCCAAUUGACACCAGCCACUACGGGGUUAAAUACGGCUUCCGUCUUCAUCGGUUCUACCUUAGGAACUCUCAUUGCGGGCGUGUUGACUGAUACGUGGGGGCGCCGUCCAACCAUCUUUUGGGCGUCGGUCUUCACAUUGGUCGGCGUUGCGCUUCAGACCGCCGCGCAGAACAUCGCAAUGUUUGUCGUUGCCCGCAUCGUCCUCGGUUUUGGAAGCGCUCUCUCCGGUGUUUCCUCCGGUGUGUACUUAUCCGAAGCGUUUCCUAGCCGAUGGCGUACAUGGGGUGUCGGAUUAUUGAAUGAUUUCUAUUAUGUUGGUGCCCUUAUUGCCGCCGGAGUGACCCUUGGAACUGGACAAUGGCAAUCGACGUGGGCGUGGAGGGCACCAUCCUUGAUCCAGGGAAUAUUUUCCGUGCUUUGCAUCGUCAUUUUGCCUUUCGUACCUGAAUCACCUAGGUGGCUAGUUCACGAGGGAUACUUCGAAUAUGCGCGAACCUCGGUCGCUCAAACUAACACCAACGGCGACCCGCUAGACCCUGUCGCAAUCGCCAUAUAUAAGGAGAUUCUUGACGCACUCGAGUGGGAGAAGAAAGAAGGCCGGACGAUGAGUCCGAAAGAAAUCUUUAAGACACCAACAGUGAGGAAGCGACUGCUCAUCGGAAUGUCGGCCGGACCUUUCUCCUGCAUCGCCGGCAACAUCAUUGCUUCUUACUAUCUUAAUAAUGAAUUAACGAUGGCGGGGAUUUCCGAUACAAAUGAUCAACUAAAAGCCAACGUCGUCUUGAACGUCUUCUGUCUUCUAUGCAGUCUUAUAGGAUCGUACCUUUCUGGCAAGGCUGGCAGGAAACCCACAGCGAUUAUCUCUCAGACCCUCCUUAUAAUAUUUCUAUUUGUAAUUGGAGGUCUAACAAAAGUCUAUGGAGAUAAUCCUUCGGGUGCUUCUAAGAGUCUUGUCUACGGGAAUGUGGCCGUCAUCUUCCUCUUUCAGGGCGCAUACUCGCUCGCCUGGACUCCUUUACUGUACUUGUAUCCGCCGGAAUAUUCAAUUCGAGCUAAUGGUUUGGCUUUCUCAUCCCUAUCGCUAAAUCUACUCGCAUGCGUAUUGGUGUAUGUCAUGCCCAUCGGCUUGACUAACAUCGGAUGGAAAAUGUAUAUGAUCAACGGAUCAUGGGAUAUUAUUGUUUUAGUACUUAUCAUCGUCUUUUGGAUUGAGACGAAGGGACGCACAUUAGAGGAAAUAGAUGCAAUCUUCGACGGCGAAAAGCAUUCUUCUGUCCCUGACGUAGAAAUGGUAAGAACAGGGCAAGCCACGAUAGACGUCGGCGCGAUUGAGCAACAGCUUAAGUCUUGA